GUCGCCAACCAAUGAACACGUAGAUAACGAUAUCCAAAGAUAAAGACUUGGAAAUCCAAUCCAUAUUUAUAUACAGUUGCUGCCUAUGAACCUCAAGUCACAGCACAACCAUCUUUCUCCAAGCCUUGAUUGAGCUAUUUCUCCUCUCAAUAGUUCCUAUUACAGGUAUAUAAUGGCAGCCUCAACAAUGGCUCUCUCUUCCCCAUCUCUGGCCGGAAAGGCAGUGAAACUCUCGCCAUCUGCCCCGGAGAUCCAAGGAAAUGGAAGGGUCUCCAUGAGGAAAACCGCGACCAAGGCUGCAUCCGGAAGUCCAUGGUACGGCCCAGACCGAGUCAAGUAUUUGGGCCCAUUCUCCGGUGAGCCCCCAAGCUACCUCACCGGCGAAUUCCCCGGUGACUAUGGCUGGGACACUGCUGGACUUUCAGCUGACCCAGAGACCUUCGCUAAGAAUCGUGAACUAGAGGUGAUCCACUGCAGAUGGGCCAUGCUCGGAGCUCUUGGGUGCGUCUUCCCCGAACUCUUGGCCCGCAAUGGCGUCAAGUUUGGAGAGGCAGUGUGGUUCAAGGCCGGAGCCCAAAUCUUCAGUGAGGGUGGACUGGACUACUUAGGCAACCCCAGUUUGAUCCAUGCUCAAAGCAUUUUGGCCAUAUGGGCUUGUCAAGUUAUAUUGAUGGGUGCUGUAGAGGGCUAUCGUAUUGCUGGUGGCCCGCUGGGUGAGGUGACUGACCCACUUUACCCCGGUGGAAGCUUUGACCCAUUGGGCCUUGCUGAAGAUCCCGAGGCUUUCGCUGAGCUCAAGGUGAAGGAGAUCAAGAAUGGCAGACUGGCCAUGUUCUCAAUGUUUGGUUUCUUUGUCCAGGCCAUUGUAACUGGCAAGGGUCCAUUGGAGAACCUUGCUGACCACCUUGCUGACCCUGUCAACAACAAUGCAUGGGCCUAUGCCACCAACUUUGUUCCUGGAAAGUGAGUGUGUGAAGAGUAAAUUGUUGUGUACUCCAUGAUGAGGGUAAAAUGCAUUAAGAUUUGAGUGUGGAUCUUGAGAGUGGUGUGUGGUGUAUAUGAAUUUCUUUGAACUAAUGCAAAGCAUUGGAAAUUUGUAAAUUGCUGCUUCACUCAAAUUGCUAAUUGUCAACUCUGUUUGGCUGUUAUCUCAAAAAG